AUGAGGUUUGAUACACUCCUGCUUGGAGGCCUCUGCGCCGUAUCAAAUUUCCCAUACGCCUCAUCCGCACCGCGCGAUGCUCGCUCUACUCAACAUGUCCCGGAAGUCAAGAACCGCAUAUUCGUCCUCACAGACAUUGGUAAUGAACCCGACGACUCAAUGUCUCUGGUCCGGCUACUCGUACACUCCAAUCUCUACCAAAUCGAAGGCUUAGUAGCAAUAACCUCAUUCUGGCUUCCCAAUGCCACACUUCCUAACAUGAUCCACGACAUCGUAGACGCAUACGGAGCCGUCCAGUCAAACCUGCAAUCGCACAGCAACACCUUCUUCCCAAAAGUCGACGACUUGAAAAGCAAGAUUGGCACUGGACCCUCCGUCUACGGCAUGCAAGCUUUACGUCAACUCGAACAAGGAGCAAACAUCACAAACGGCACCCAAAUGCUCAUCAACGCCGUCGACGCUUCACCAUCCCCACUAUACGUACAGCUCUGGGGCGGAGCCAACACCCUCGCCUCCGCACUCUGGACCGUAAACCGCACUCGCUCAGCCUCAGAACUGGAAACAUUUACCUCCAAACUCCGUGCCUACGCCAUCUCAGAUCAAGACGACACAGGCCCCUGGAUCCGUCGCAAUUUCCCUAGUAUGCGGUACAUUGCCUCGCGCCAUGGAUUCAACCAAUACCCAGUCGCAGCGUGGAUCGGCAUGAGUUCCACAUCCGUAGAUCCAGGGGGUCCAGACAACGAAAUCGUGUCCAGAGUUGCUAACAAUCAAUCCAAACUGAUGAGACUGACUGACUGA